AUGUUGGAGAUGAAUAGUUCAUUAACCAAUUCACCUCGAAAGGAUGACGAGGAUAUGAAAGAGGAAGAGGAAGAGGACGAGGUCAUGAACGACGAGGAUGGCGAUUCUGACGAACCAUUGCCAUUCAACGACGACGAUGAAGAGGACUCUGUCAGUAACACCAUCUCGAUUGCCAAUACAGCCGAUGGAACAUCUACUACCUCUACGACAUCGACUACUUCUACUACAGCCCUCACUACAAGAGAAGGCGAGACUGAAGAACAAAAGCAACAACGUAUCGAAGCCAUCCGUUUGGAAAAGGAACGUUUAAAGCAAUUAAAGGACGAACAAAAGAAGCAACUACAAGAGUUGGAGAAACGUCAACGUGAGCAAUUGCAAGAAGACAAGGACAAGUCUGCCAAAGACCGUCUCAAGUUCUUGUUGGAACGUACCGAGAUUUACUCUCAUUUCGUGUCCAACUCUGCCUCUACACAAUCCAAAAAGAAAACCAAGGAUACUGCCAUCCCUAGCACUCCCACCAAACGUGGAGGUGGCUCCAAACUAACAGAAAAAGAAGAAGAUGAAGAAAUCAUGAAAGAAACCAUCGAUGAAGAAGCUCCUCAUUCUUUUAACUUUUUUACUUCAAAUCCUCCUUAUAUUAAACAUGGAGUAAUGAGAGAUUACCAAAUCUAUGGUCUAAAUUGGUUAAUUCAAUUAUAUGAAAGAGGUAUCAAUGGUAUUUUGGCAGAUGAAAUGGGUCUCGGAAAGACACUACAAACCAUUUCUCUUCUUGGUUAUUUGUCAGAAUACAAGGGAAUUAGAGGUCCUCAUCUUAUUAUUGCUCCAAAAUCAACCCUCUCUGGUUGGUGCAAAGAAUUUAGAAAUUGGUGUCCCUUUUUACGUGUUGUUAAAUUCCAUGGUAACAAGGAUGAAAGAGCAGAAAUCAAAGAAAAUCAAUUAGUUUAUAAGAAAUUUGAUGUUUGUAUCACUACUUAUGAAAUGGUUAUCAAGGAAAAGGCUGUUUUCAAGAAAUUCAGUUGGAGAUAUAUUAUUAUAGAUGAAGCUCAUCGUAUUAAAAAUGAAAACUCUGUACUCUCCAAAGGUGUAAGAUUAUUCAACAGUCAAUUUAGACUUUUAAUUACUGGUACUCCACUUCAAAAUAAUCUUCAUGAAUUAUGGGCAUUAUUAAACUUUUUAUUACCAGAUGUAUUUACAAGUAGUGAAGAUUUUGAUAAAUGGUUUAAUCUUGAUCAAGUUGAUAACCAACAAGAGGUCAUUGAUAAAUUGCACAAGGUAUUACGUCCAUUCCUUUUGAGAAGAAUCAAAUCAGAAGUGGAAAAAUCUUUACCACCAAAAAAGGAAAUCAAACUUUUUGUUGGCAUGUCUACAAUGCAAAGAGAAUGGUAUAAAAGUUUAUUAACAAAAGAUUUUGAAGCUUUACAUGGUAUUGGAGUAAAAGGAGGAUCAGGAAAAGUUAAAUUAUUAAAUAUUUGUAUGCAAUUGAGAAAAGCAUGUAAUCAUCCAUAUUUAUUUGAUGGAGCCGAGGAACAACCAUAUACGACCGGUGAACAUAUCAUUGAUAAUAGUGGAAAGAUGGUCAUGUUGGAUAGAUUGCUUGCACGUCUCAAGCAAAGAGGAUCUCGUGUGUUGAUCUUUUCUCAGAUGGCACGUAUGCUCGAUAUCUUGGAGGACUAUAUGAUGUAUCGUGACUACAAGUACUGCCGUAUCGAUGGUGGUACCGACAGCGAGUCGAGAGAAAACAACAUUGAAACAUUCAAUGCACCGGGCAGCGAGUUGUUUGCCUUUUUGUUAACAACCCGUGCCGGUGGUCUCGGUAUCACUUUGAACACUGCCGACAUUGUCGUCUUGUUUGACAGUGAUUGGAACCCCCAGGUCGAUCUCCAAGCCCAAGACAGAGCACAUCGUAUCGGUCAGACCAAGCCCGUCACAGUCUACCGUUUCGUCACUGAAUCGUCAAUGGAAGAAAAGAUGGUUGAAAAGGCCGAGAUGAAGUUGCACCUCGAUGCUGCUGUCAUCCAACAAGGUCGGUUGGUCGAAGCCAACAAGGCAGCCAACCCCGACGAGCUGCUGUCGAUGAUCCGGUUCGGAGCCGACGACAUCUUUAAGAGCAAAGAGGCCACUAUUACCGACGAGGACAUUGACGCUAUCCUCAAAAAGAGUGAGGACAAGACCAACGCCAUGCAGGAACGUCUCACCGAUCUCGUCAAGAAUCCAAUCAAACUGACGUUGGACGGCAACCUCUACGAGUUUGACGGAGUCAACUAUAAGAAUCAGCAGACUGCCACCACCUUUUGGACCGAGCCGCUCAAGCGUGAGAGAAAGACGAUUGGCGACAAUGAAGAGUACAUGAAGCAAGUUGGUAUCAUCCCCAAAAAGGCACCCGCUCAAAAGAGACCACCUCCCCCCAAGAUCAAGCCACCCAAACAACCGACCACACACGAUCACCACUUUUUCCCACCCCGUCUCAUCGAUCUUCUCGGCAAGGAAACUAUAGCCUAUCAAAAGAAAUUAGAAUGGUACGAGAAAAAGGAGGCCGAAGAAAAGGAAGCUGAAGAGAAGCGUGAAAAGGAAGGAAAGCUCGAGGAUGACACCUCUGCUGAAAAGAAAGAAGAAAAGGAGGAACCAAACUUUGGCGAACUGACCGAAGACGAGCAAGCACUCAAGGAGCGUUUGAUCAAGGCUGGAUACGGCGACUGGAACAAGGUCGACUUUAGACAGUUUAUAAAGGGUUGCGAAACCUUUGGUCGUGGCGCAUACCGCAAGAUUGCAGAGAUUGUGCAGACCAAGUCGGAAAAGGAGGUGCAAGAGUACUCACAAGUAUUCUGGAAGCGUUACAAAGAGGUUGCCGACUAUGACAAGAUCAUUGCCCGUAUCGAAAAGGGUGAGAGCAAGAUUGUAGAGUACAAGGAAACCAUCGAAUCGUUGGACCGCAAGGUAUCCCAGUACAAGAACCCAUGGCAACAACUCAAGAUCCAGUACGGCAUCAAAAAGAACAAGACCUACAAUGACGAAGAAGAUAUCUUUUUGGUGUGCAUGAUGCACAAGCUCGGUUAUGGUGCAUGGGAUGAAUUGAAAGAAGAGAUUAGAAAGGCUCCACAAUUCAGAUUCGAUUGGCUCAUUCAAACUAGAACACCACAAGAAUUAAAGGCUCGUUGUGAUAUCCUCCUUAGAUAUAUCAAGAAUGAACAAGAUGAGGAAAAGAAUUCUAAAAAGGGUGCAACCGUAACUUCUGCAAAGGCAAAGCCUGCUCCUGCCUCUAGCAAGAAAAAGGCUGCUGCCAAACCAAAACCUGCUGCCACCUCCAAGAAUGCUGCUACCACUGGAAAGAGAAAGAAACCAGAAGAAAAUGGUCAUAACAAAAAUCAAGAAACAGAGGAAGAAGAGGAAGAAGAAGAGGAAGAAGAAGAAGAAGUAGAGGAAGAACCAAAAGGAAAGACUGCAAGACAAAGAGCUGCUGCUGCAAACAAAAAAUAA